AUGCCUCCGCCUAGUCACCGUCAGCUUGCCGCCGCCGUCCUCAUUUUCCAUCGGCCAUCCAGAGCAUCGCCCAUGCAUGACGCCCGCCGUUCGCAACCUGCACUCGUCGCUACGGACUCCCUCGCUCACCAACACUCGACCAUGGUAGAUAAGUUUCCCCUCGUGUCCGCUGUCCAACACAGCCCCUCUCAGAGCCUCGAUGGCCCGCUUGGAGUUCGGUCUUGUUUCGCAAUGCGCCCGUCCAGUUUGACUUCGACCCGCUGUGCGCUCCCUUGCUAGAACCUCGCCCGACUCGCGCGCUCUCGCGCCUCUCCCUCUUCUCCAUCGUUUCGUCUCACCAUUCAGACUGCUGAGAUUCGCUAGAGAACAGGUUGUCCGGCUGCGCUCGCGCCCUCGCGCUGCGUCUGCUCCGCCUCACAACUUCUCGACCCGGGAGUUCAUUGCGACGCCAACCCUCCUCGCAACCUCUCCGAAACGAUCCGGCUCGUGCCGUCACACGAAUCCCCAGCGACCUCCGGUCCCAACUUAACACACGGUUCCGCACCACCGCCCGAAGUUGGCAACCCCUACACCAUGUGGCACCAGGGGCCAGGGGUGGGAACCGGGUAUACCUUGGGCCCAAGGUUCCGGAACCGUGCCCGUAG